AUGAGCACCAUUACUCUUCCCCCUCCCCUCCCCGGAAACGCGCUGCGCUUCACCAUCAGCGCGGCCUUUUCCUCGCUUGCCCUCUGCCUCCUUCCCUUCUUCCUCGUCGGCCUCCUCGGCCAGUGCAUCUUCUACCCCCUCAGCUACGCCUACGAGUCAUGGACGGCCAAGCCCAAGAAGCGCCGUGCGGCCAAGAACGCGGCCAAAAACGUCCCCACCGUUGCCGUCACGGCCGCCGCCCAGCAGCAGCAGCAGGUGCGCGAGGGAUCGCCGACCAGCAUCUCGUCCGUCUCGUCCAACUCGACCGGUCGCGCGACCCUCGCCAGGCAGUACGCUGCUGCCAACUCGCCCACUGCGCGCCGCUAG